AUGGUAACGUCUCACUCAGUAGUGUUCCAAUGUCUCGAAGACACAGUUCUAGUAUUCGUCCAGAAGCAUACUUAUACCAUCGCAUUGGAGAAGCCAGAAUGGUUACCUUAUCUAAUAGCAUUGGAUAUGUCUCGUGCUGGGUAUUAUCUUGAACCUUUGCUUGAAACUUCGAUCUUUUAUAUACCGACAUCUGUCAACCAAUUGCCAACCUGGUUCCCUUUUCUAUACAUCUAUUUGGCUAUCGAGUUAGUGGUAAAAUAUAGGGAUUUCCCUCUUAUAUUGAGAUUCCAUGUAAUGAUGGGAAUGCUACUGGAAACUGCUUUCCAGAUAGUAUCUGUUGCAAGCAAUUACAUGCCAUUGAUACACUUUAAGGGAACACUUGGGAUGUAUUACUGGGCUGGUUUGGCAUUGGCAUAUAUUGUCAUAAUCAUGCAUUCCAUCAGGUGUGCUCUUCUUGGUACAUUUUCGAACAUUCCUGUUAUUAGUGAAUCAGCUCUCCUUCAUUGCCUAUUUAAUAUAGGAGGGUUCCAGCGGCCGUUUUAGGAAGUAGUCAAGAGCAUAUUUGUAAUUUACAACUUCUAGUCAUUAUCUAUUAUAAGCAAAAAUCAACAUUUUAGAUUCAUUGAAUGAGUAUAUAGUCUUGAAGUGGAAGGAAGGAUUGAAGUUAUUGUUUGUAGACUGUAGUUGACAUUUUAUUCUAUUAUAUAAAUAUAUAAGGGAUAUUGAAAUUCUGAUAU